GUGACCACAGAGGCGCCCCAGAGCUGGAGGUUGUUCUACAUUCUAGGCUUUAUGAGACAGAAUAAUCAGUGAAGCGAUGCCCACAGACAGGAUGCAUGAUCUGCAGUGUGGGAUGACCCCCGUAAAGCAUUUCUGUGAGCUCUGCUCAGUGUGGAUGCUUCUGUCUUUUCUUUCAGCUGUGAAGACUGAAAGCGCUGUAUUGAAUACGUCUUCAGGUCACACUGUUCUUCAGGGCAAGACAACUACAGUUAACUGUGAUUAUAACAAAACAAUUGAAAAGGUUUUUUUUACAGUAGCCUUGAGCAGAGAACAGUUACUGUGCUCAUAUAUAUAUCAGCAUAAUUCCUGGAGGAAGCGACCGUGUAAAGACAACAUCAGAUUUAUUUGGACUCCAGAAACAGAGGAAAUAUCAUUUGAGCUGUUGAAUCUUCAGAUAAAUGAUUCGGGUGUCUAUACCUGUGCUGUGGAGAGAGAAGUACACCCUCCGGUAAAGCGACUGGGAGUUCAGACAGCAUUCAUUGAUGUGAUCGCUCGUCCAGUGGUGUCUACUUCUUGUAUGGAGGGGUCUGAUGGAGCUCGCACAAUGCUUUGCACUGCUGAGGGGUUUUAUCCUGCUGCUCUGGAGCAGGUCUGGAUCGGAGAUGGAGAACAUAUCACCUACCCCAACUCUUCACUCAUAAACAGAGAGUAUCUGAACUCUUCUGCCGUUCAGUGGAACUCCAGCAUCAACACAGACGGAUCUUACAGCCGCACAUCCUACCUUCACCUGCCACCCACACCUAAACAGGUGAUGUACCACUGCUGGGUGAAUCACUCGUCCCUCAACCAGUCGAUCUCUGUUAACAUCUCCUCCACUGAGUGCUAUGAAAAAACCAAGCAGCUGAUAAGUGGGAGUUUUAUAAUGGCGGUUAUCAGCUUCGGUGUGUUGACCGGGGUCUUUUUCAUUACUGCCAUUAACUAUCCAAGCCUCAAAGAAUGUCGUCUCUGCUCUUCUGCUGAAGAGACUAAAACCUCUGAAGCUGCCUCACUCUCUCAGGUGGAGUUCCACAUCAUCUCAGCACCUCCACAAAUCAUCUCAGCGCCUCCACACUGACUCCUCUCUCAAUCAUCUACUCCAACAACACGAACUGAAGCAAAUCAUGAUGUUGAUAACUUCAGCUCCUAAAAUUCAUAUUAAAUUGAUUAAAAUUGAUUGAUUAAAAC